CCCCCCCCCAUCUAUCUUCGACCAGUCGAGCCAGGAGUUCACGUACCCGGCUAUCCCCUGCCCUCUCAGUCAUGCUCCUCUGCGCCCUUUCCAACGAGCUGCCCGAGUCGCCCGUCCUCUCGCCCAAGAGCAAUGCCGUCUUCGAGCGCCGCCUCAUUGAGAAGUACAUCGCCGACCGCGGGACUGACCCGGUCAAUGGCGAGCCCCUGACCGUCGAUGAGCUGAUCGACAUCAAGCAGGAUGGCCCGAUUCGCGCGCGUCCGCCCACCGCCUCCAGCAUCCCCGGCAUGCUGUCCAUGUUCCAAAAUGAGUGGGACGCCGUGGUCCUGGAGACGUAUCAGCUGAAGCAGCAGCUGUCCAAGGUCCGGCUGGAGCUUUCGCACACCCUCUACCAGCACGAGGCCGCCUGCCGGGUGAUCGCCCGGCUGAACAAGGAGAAUGCCCAGCUGCGGGCGCAGCUCGGCCGUGUGGACGCCCCCGGCGCCCGGGCCGCCGACUCCAUGGACGUCGACCCGAAGCCUGCCGCCGCCGCCGCCACCACCACCGGGCCCCUGGCCGGGGAGCUGGUCCAGCGCAUGGAGGCCCUGUCGGCCGCGGCGCUGGAGGACCGCCGCGCGCGCAAGACUCCGGCCACCCUGGCCUCGGCCGAGGGCCUGCAGAGCCUGCACGAGUCCUGGACCGCCACCGUCGGCGAGCUGAGGACCGUGGCCAUCAGCGCCCUGGACGACCUGGUGCUUGCCGGCUCGCGCGAUGGCACGGCCACCCUCUUUGCCCAGGGCGGCGCUUCGCUGCAGAACCUCACCGGGCACAAGGGCCGGCUGACGGCGGCCACCUUUGCCCCGGGGCCCGUCCAGGGGGCCGGUCGCCCCACCAUUUUGACCGCCUCCCAUGACCGCACCGUGCGCGUGUGGGCCGACGAGGCUGACACCGGGUACAAGACCCGGGCCGUGGUCGAGUGCCACACCGGCCCGGUCACCAGUGCGGCCUUCCACCCGCUGGACGGGACCCUUGCCCUGACCACCUCGCUGGACGCCACCUGGGCCUUCCUGGACGUGACCACCGGCCGGACCCUCCACCAGCAGGCGUGCCCGGUGUCCAAGAACGGCAUCAUCGCCGCCGACAUCCACCCCGAUGGCCUGAUCUUUGGCUCGUGCGCCGGCGACAGCCAGAUCCUCAUCUGGGACCUGCGCUCGGCCGCCAACAUCGCGUCGCUCAGCUCGCCCGACGCGGCCGGUGCCAACAUCGACUCCCUCACCUUCAGCCAGAACGGCUACUACCUGUCCUCCAUCGGCCGGGACAACACCCUGCGCCUGUGGGACCUGCGCAAGAGCCAGCUCGUGGACAGCGUUGUCCUGGACUGGGCCCCGACCAGCUCGACCAUCGACGCCUCCGGUACCUACCUGACUGUCGGCGGCGAGGGCGGUGUCAGCAUCUUCCGCACGCGCAAGCUCAAGCCCGUUUGCAACGUCCCCGGCCUGACCUCCGUGGCGUCGGUGGCCUUCGGCAAGGACGCCCGUACCAUCGUCGUCGGUGGGGAUUCCAUGCUGCGCGUGUUCUCCGUGCCGGAGUAAGUGAGCCGUCGCCCCUGCCUGGGGGAUGCGGCCCUGGCCGGCAUUUCCCUCUCCUCUGCUCGUCUGCCCACACACAAACACACACACACACA